AUGAAUUUCGCAGUUUUAGACAGAGGUUCCGCCAAUAUCGAAUUAAGCGACGCGUGCGGCAUAAACAAUCCAGAUGGCAAGCCCCGCAAGCGGCGCUCCGCCCCGCGGGCUGUGCUCCAAGGAGAGUUCCCUUGGCGGGCCUGGGUUUACAAAAAGAAUUCCCGCACCCCGCUCUGCGCCGCUUCAUUCGUGCAGGAAGACACCAUGGCGCUCCUAACCCUGGCUUCUUGCGUCCAGGGUCUGUCUGCCGAGGGUCUGGAGGUGGCUUUCGUGAAGGGAGGCCAACGUGCUGCUGUUGGCAAAGUUACUGUACAUAGUGGUUACAAAGCAGGACAAGACACCAACAACAUAGCCAUCUUGAAGCUCCGCUCACUAGAAUCGACACCGGCGUGGGCGUCCCCCGCCUGUCUACCUCUGGCCCCACCUUCACAUGCUGCGCCCUGCAUCACCACCUCUGACAAGGAUAUCCGUUUAAACACCAUAAUACCUCUACGCACAGUAUGCACGGAGGCCCACGAAGCCCCGCCGGACUCUUUGAUCUGUGCCGUGGCACCACCCAAGGACUAUCAACCGGCAAAAGCUGCAGGCCUCUUCUGCAAAGAACAGCACGUGACGACUCCAUUAUACAUCCUGCAUGGCCUAGCUAUAUCGAGGCAGGAUGACUCGGUGACUACCUACGUCAACGUGUGGCAUUUCACCGACUGGAUCAAGAAUCAGCUUGGGAUAGCUCAUUAAAUUAGUUUUAGCUAUUACCACAGAAUAA